GAUAAUCUAAGUGAUGAUAAGAAAAGGCAGUGAUAUGAGUUCUCCUCUGAUCCUUAAUCUCCUCUUCCUUGCCUUGUUCUGCAGUGUGCUGGCAUCCACCUCCCAUUCCCACGAUGAUGAUAGGGAGAUAUAUAUCGUGUACAUGGGGAGCAAGCUACAGGACCCUUCUUCCGCUCAUUUGCAUCACCGAGCAAUGUUGGAACAAGUGGUUGGCAGCACUUUUGAUCCACAAUCUGUGUUAUACACCUACAAUAGAAGUUUCAACGGAUUCGUGGUGACACUCACUGAAGAAGAAGCUCAAGAGAUUGCUAGCAAGGAGGGUGUGGUCUCUGUGUUCCUCAAUCAAAACAACCAUCUCCACACGACAAGAUCGUGGGAUUUUAUGGGGUUUCCACAAAAUGUUGAUCGCGUACCACAACUGGAAAGCAACAUAGUUGUUGGAGUUUUGGACUCCGGAAUCUGGCCAGAGUCUCCCAGUUUCAACGAUGAUGGUUUUGGUUCUCCACCAUCCAAGUGGAGGGGCAGAUGCCAAGUCUCCAAUUUCAGCUGCAAUAGAAAACUUAUCGGAGGUCGAGCCUAUCACAUCGGCAGACCCAUUGCCCCAGGCGAUGUUGGUAGUCCAAGAGAUACCGACGGCCAUGGCACGCACACUGCAUCCACGGUGGCUGGUGGUCUCGUGAGCCAGGCAAGUCUGUAUGGUCUCGGCCUCGGCACAGCAAGAGGAGGGGUUCCCUCUGCGCGGAUUGCUGCCUACAAAGUAUGUUGGGAAGAUGGGUGCUGGGACGCCGACAUUCUUGCCGCAUUCGACGAUGCAAUUGCUGAUGGGGUCGAUAUCGUAUCUCUUUCGGUUGGGUCGAAUAAACCCCGGCCUUAUUUCAACGAUCCCAUAGCUAUUGGAUCUUUCCAUGCAAUAAAAAAUGGAAUAUUAACCUCCAAUUCGGCUGGAAAUGAAGGUCCCAAGGACUUCACCACCACAAGCUUGUCUCCAUGGCUUCUUUCUGUCGCUGCAAGCGGCAUGGAUAGAAAAUUUGUCACCCGAGUACAGCUUGGCAAUGGAAAUAUCUAUCAGGGAAUUUCAAUCAACACAUUUAAUAUGAAUUUACAACAUCCCUUAGUUUAUGCCGGUGAUAUACCCAACCUAGGUUUCAAUGGCUCCACCUCUAGAUACUGUGAACAAAAUUCAGUGAAUCCGAUUUUGGCGGCAGGGAAGAUCCUUCUUUGUGAUUCUGUAAUUCCUCCUUCUACAUUCUUUUCUUUCGGUGCCAUAGUUGGCAUCCUAAUGCAAGCCUAUACGAGGGAUAAUGCAAGGUCCUAUCCCGCACCUGCCGCCGUCCUCGAUCCAAAUGAUGGCAUUGCCGUUUAUCGUUACAUUCGCUCCACAAUCAUUCCCACUGCAACCAUCUUCAAGAGUGUCGCUGGACAAGAUUCAUCUGCUCCUGUUGUAGUUUCCUUCUCCUCUCGUGGACCCAAUGCUCUAACCAACGACAUUCUCAAGCCAGAUUUGAGUGGUCCAGGGGUUGAAAUUCUAGCAGCAUGGCCUCCAGUUGCGCCAAUAGCUGGAGUUAAAGACUCUAGGAGUUCGCUUUAUAACAUAAUCUCAGGGACCUCAAUGUCUUGUCCACAUCUCACUGGAGUUGCAGUCUACGUCAAAACAUUCAAUCCAACCUUGUCUCCUGCUGCUAUAAAAUCAGCACUCAUGACAACCGCUUCGCCCAUGAGUGCUAGGCAACAUUCACAGGCGGAGUUCGCGUAUGGCGCAGGGCAUGUCAACCCACUAAAGGCUAUAAAUCCUGGGUUGGUGUACGAUGCGAAUGAAAGCGACUACGUGAGCUUCUUGUGUGGUCAAGGUUACGACACGGCCAUGGUUCGACGUAUCACUGGCGAUAAUAGUGCUUGCACUUCUGGAAACAUUGGAAGAGUAUGGGAUCUAAACUAUCCUUCUUUUGCUGUUUCGAUAAGCGGUACGCGAACCGUGAAUCAGUACUUCACAAGAACUCUCACAAACGUUGCGCGGGGAGGAUCCACAUAUAGAGCUAAGAUCUCUGCCCCACAAGGACUUUCCAUCACCGUGAAUCCUACUGCUCUAUCAUUCAAUGGAAUUGGAGAUAGGAAAUCCUUCAGGCUCACAGUUCGAGGAACAGUGAGUCAGUCCAUAUCCUCUGCUUCUUUGGAGUGGAGUGAUGGUGUUCACUCCGUGAGAAGCCCGAUCACUGUGGUUGCUCUCACUAAAAGUAUAGCUUAAUUAGUUUGUGGGUGUGAAAUAAAAGGUGAAUAAUAAAGAAAUAAUGAAAGUUGCGAGGGAAGUAGUAUUCUCUCCUCCUCCUCCUUCGCUCUUCUGUUAAGAUGGUGAAGGCCUAUGAAAUAAGUUAAUGGUGUGUUCUAUCCUGCAUAUUAAUAAAUGCUAUUUUAUU